AAGACACGACUCCAUAGCACAGAAGUACACUACUCUACUUCCUUCAGUUACAGCAGUAAUCGCAUACUCUGUUUUGAAAUCAUGUCUAAGAAGGUUGCCGUGAUCCUUUCUGGCUGCGGGGUGUACGAUGGGAGUGAAAUUCACGAAUCGUCUGCUACUUAUGUUCAUUUGAGCAGAGCUGGUGCUGUGACUCAGUUCUUUGCACCUGACAUUGAUCAGAUGCAUGUGGUGGACCACGUGAAAGGAAAGCCAACAGAAGAGAAACGUAAUGUCCUCACCGAGAGUGCACGAAUUGCCCGAGGGAACAUUAAGGACCUAAAAGACCUGAACGUCAGUGACUAUGAUGCACUUAUAAUACCAGGAGGCUUUGGAGUUGCUAAAAACCUUUCUUCCUGGGCUGUGGAAGGAAAAGAUUGCUCUGUUGAAAAAGCAGUAGAAAGGGCUUUCAAGGGAUUUCAUGCUGCCAAAAAACCCAUUGGCCUGUGUUGCAUAUCACCUGUUCUGGCAGCUAAGCUCCUUCCUGGGUGUGAAGUCACUGUUGGCUGUGAUACUGAGUGUGAAAAAUGGCCAUACGCUGGUACAGCUGGUGCCAUCAAAGAUCUUGGCUGUAAACACGUCAAUAAAGAAGUCCAUGAGGUUCACGUGGAUAAGAAAAACAAACUAGUUACCACCAGCGCUUUCAUGUGCAACAGUCCUAUUCAUGAAAUCUUUGAUGGCAUUGGAGUCUUUGUUACUGAUGUCCUGAAACUGAUUUAAAACAGAUAUUUUCUAAAAAAAAAAUUUUUUAAUGUCCCAAAUGUUCUAAAAUCCAAUGUAUUUAUUUAACCAAAAAUAAACAGUCAAACGUUACAAAA